GUAUAAAAUGAUGUCCAAAUGGUAUUUUAAAUUAAAUUAUUGGGGGAAAAAAGUUUCCUUAGUUUGAAAUGGAGAAUUAUGGAAACUAGCCGUUGUGAGUCGUAUAAGGUGGAGCUAGCUAGUAGGGAGCUACUUCCUUUCUAUACACGCUCUCUUGCUCUCGAUCUCGAGACUUGCUAGUAAUUGCUUCUGUACAGUUGAUUCUCUCUCUCUCUCUCAUGAUGUUCACCGAAGGUCUGGACGACACCGCCAUUCAAUGGAUCAAGCAGGGAUCGAAAGUGGAAGACUCUAAGCCUGAGGCUGAGCCUGAUGCUCCCACACGGUCUCCUCUAUCUGAGAGAAGAAUCGUCAGUGAGAGAUUCCCAAGAUCUCCCGUUCUCAACUCUCCUGUGCUUCCUCCGCUCAAGUUCCAUACUGCCUUGCUCACCCCUCGAAACGUUGCCUUUUCCGUCGGGGAUGACACUGAUGAAAGCACUGUUUCACUGCCCGACGAUGCCGACUCUUCUGAUGAAGAACUCUCUGCUCCAAGCAACUUGGAUUACUUGGAGAGGCCAAUCUCACACUACUACGAUGAGGAUGAACUCUUUGGAUGUAAACUCCCUAAACCCCAACGCUCCAAUGGCAUCCUCAAGAAAGGUUUGGCCAAUCAGAACCUGACACUUCAACUUCCCAAUACUCUCGGUGUUCAGAAGAAGCUCACACCUGCUGCAGGAGGAGUUCACCUUCACAAGCAGGUUCACCUGCGCAGUCUCAAUUGUCUUGAUGAUUCAGUUGAGUUUGCUACUCCUCCAAGUGCUCCUCCUAUUAUUGAUGCUGAUUUUCCACCUCAACUUGAGAGAUUCUCCAAGGGCUCCCCAAUGAAUGAACAAAAUGACUCUUUGCCAUCCAGAGAAUCUGUGGGUGGGAGAAGUGAAUGUUCAAUUGAGCAAAAACCCAGCAAUGUAAAAGCCACCACUGACUUUGCUCAAAGACUAGACAGAACUAUCACAGAGGACACUGAAAGACAGACUCCUCACUUAGCAUAUUACAACACCAGCAGUUGCAAUAGUCAAUAUGCCUGGCAAACCCUUAUCACUUAUGAUGCCUGCAUACGCUUGUGCCUGCAAGCAUGGGCAAGAGGCUGCACUGAGGCACCAGAGUUUUUGAAAGAUGAGUGCCUGGCUCUUCGAAGUGCCUUUGGAUUGCAUGACUUCUUGUUGCAACCUCGAGGUGUAAAAGCAAAACAAACUGAAGGCAUAAAUGCAAGGAAUUCAGAACAAACAUUUCCCCUGAAGAUGAAGAAGGUUGUAGGCAAAAUAAGAGUGGAAGUGAGGAAACUUCGCAUUAUACCAAGACGCAAACUUCAAAUCACUAGUUCACAGAGAGGUUCAAUCUACGUACAAGCUGGGAUGGAAUACGUCCGGCAUGUUUCAUCAUUCGUGAAAAGUGGCAUAAAUUCUAUGAAGUCAGCCUCAUCCUCAAUGGGAUUAGAAGAGCCACUAUCUUGCUUAAUCCAACUUCAGAGUACAUCAGAAGCAAAUGAAGCAGAGCCAAGUUCUGCAAUUUUUCUACACCCUGGAACUGGAGACUACCAUGAUUUUUUCCCAGAGAACCAAGGGGAUGUCCUAGUUGUUGAAGUCCAAGAUUCAAAAAAGGCAGUCCAUGGUCAAGCCAGAAUCCCAAUUUCAUCCCUCAGUGAUAAUCCUAGUGACAAAAUUCGAUGGUGGCCAAUAUAUCAUGAUGAACAAGAAUGUGUUGGCAAGAUUCAGCUUUCCAUUAGCAGCACAAUGACAAGUGAUGAAAACAAUCAAAUAAAGAGUUCAACUGUGGUGGAAACUCAAGCUUAUGAUUUAUUGUUGGAGGGUGCUAUGCGUGCACAGCAUUUCCACUGCAGAAACUUGCGACUGGAUGGGCCAUGGAAGUGGUUGUUAGAAACAUUUGCAGACUACUAUGGAGUUUCUGACUCUUAUGCCAAGUUGAGAUAUCUAUUACAUGUAAUGCAUGUGGCAACUCCAACCAAGGACUGCCUGGAGCUUGUGAAAGAGUUGCUUGAACCCUUAAUAAAGGCCAGAAGUGAGAGGAGAUUGACCAGGCAGGAGAGAAGCCUACUUUUGGACUGUGAAACUCAAAUAGAAAGUCUUCUGGCUACAGUUUUCGAGAAUUAUAAAUCACUUGAUGAGAGCUCACCAUCAGGUUUAACUGAACAUUUUGGUCCAGCAUCCUGUUCUGCAGCACCAGCUCUGUAUCCUGCCAUACAAGUCUACAGCAGUCUUCAUGAUAUACUAUCUCUAGAUGCUCAAACUAUUCUAAGAAACUAUUUGCAGACUGCUGCAAGAAAAAGGUGUAGAAAACACAUGAUGGAGACCGACGAGUUUGUGUCAAGCACCACUGAGGGUUACCUAAUGGAUACCAUCACGAUCUCAACUGCAUACCUAAAGAUGAAAAACCUUUGUGUUUCUAUAAGAAAUGAAAUUCAAGCAGAUAUAGAGAUCCACAGCCAGCAUACGAUCAACGGCCAGCAUAUAUUUCCUAGUUCAAUUGACCUGACAAACAUCACAGCAGCCGUUUACAGCACUGAGCUGUGUAACAGGCUGAGAACUUUUCUUUCUGCAUGGCCACCGUCUUGUCCACAGGCGCAUGUGAAUGAGCUUCUAACUGCAACCGCCGACUUUGAACGGCACCUUGAGUCGUGGAAUAUAAGUCCUGUGCAGGGGGGUGUAGACUCCAGAAAUUUGUUCCACAAUUACAUCAUGGUGUGGAUCCAGGAUAUGCAACUCAGUUUACUUGAUUGUUGUAAAGCAGAAAAGGUGCCAUGGUCUGGAGUAAUCACCAACCAUUCGACAUCCCCGUUUGCAGAGCAAAUGUAUGAGAAGAUCAAAGACAACCUUAUCCUGUAUGAAGUGGUAAUCAAUAGAUGGCCUCAAUACUCACUUUACUUGGAAAAUGCUGUGGCAAAUAUAGAGAGAGCAAUCAUGAAAUCCCUUGAGAAACAAUACAGUGAUAUCUUAACCCCUUUGAAAGACAGCAUACCGAAGAGGCUUCAUUUGCAAGUCCAAAAGCUAGCAAGAAGACAAUCAACUACUGUCAACUUGCUUCCUAAUCAAUUGGGAAUAUUCUUUAACACCAUCAAGAGGAUUCUUGAUGUCCUACACUGUAGAGUGGAAGACAUCCUAAAGUCAUGGGCAUCCUGUCUACCUGUCAUGGGGGAUAAGAAAACAUUGUUUGGGGAGCAAAUGAAUGGAAUAACCGUUCUCUUGAGAACCAAAUACAAAACUUAUUUGCAAGCAAUAAUAGGGAAUCUCGUCAACAAUUUGCAAGCUAAUCGGAGCACACGUCUGAAGAAGAUUCUUGAGGAAACAAAAGAAGCAGAUGGAGAGGCAGAAGUGCGUGAAAGAAUGCAACUGCUCAAUUCACAACUCAUUGACUUCAUAUCCAACCUGCAUGAGGUCUUUACUAGCCAGAUCUUUAUAGCAAUUUGCCGCGGAUUAUGGGAUAGGAUGGGACAGAUUGUUUUAAAGUUUCUGGAAGGAAGGAAGGAAAACAGGAUAUGGUACAACGGGUCUUGCUAUGCUCUGGGGAUAUUGGAUGACACAUUUGCUUCCCAGAUGCAAAGACUGCGAGGAAAUGCAUUGCAUGAGAAGGAUAUUGAGCCUCCUCGCUCAGUGAUUGAAGCCCGCUCUAUUCUUUGCAAAGACACAACAAAUGCAACUGAUCCAUCUACUUACUUCUACAUAUGAUAUCAUUGAAUUCUUUUGUAAAACCAUUAUAUUCUUUUUUAGUAUAUAUAGUGAAUAAUGUAAUGAUAACAGGAAUAUAGUUAAGUGUUCAUUCUUUUUAACAUGGAAAAGGAAAACCUGCCUCACUGAUCUUCUUAUUGUUUUAA